AUGGAUUUUACUGAUGACGAUGGAUUGGGGUCGGCCUCAGUCUCAAACCCUGUAAUGAAGCACUAUCUACAAACUAAGGCUCACUACCAGUUUUAUAUGGAUAAGGUAACACCUCAUACAAAAGAGAGAUGGAUUGGAUUGACAGUAAUGAUUGCCCUUUUUGUUUUGCGUAUAGUUACCUCUCAAGGUUGGUAUGUUGUUUGUUAUGCUUUGGGUAUCUAUCUAUUAAGUCAAUUUUUAGCUUUCUUAACACCAAAAUUUGAUAUGACUAUCCAACAAGACGAGGCUAACCAAGAGUUAGAAGCAGGGGAGAGAACAGAUGAAUUUCGUCCGUUCAUUAGAAGAUUACCAGAAUUUAAAUUCUGGCACAACGCCUUCAGAGCAACAGCUGCAUCUUUGCUGGCCACCUUAUUCUCUAUUUUUGAUAUUCCUGUGUAUUGGCCAAUCCUGUUGAUGUAUUUCAUUAUGCUAUUCUUAUUAACUAUGAGAAGACAAAUCCAGCAUAUGGUUAAAUACAAAUAUAUCCCACUUGAUAUUGGUAAGAAGAAAUAUAACUCCCAAAAAUAA